GCCGUACUUAACUGUUAACUGUGGAAUUCAGGAGAAAAGGAGAGACCUUUGUAAAACUUUGGGUAUUCGUCGUCGAAAUUUAUUUGUCUAGAUUAAAAUAUUAAAUUUUGUGAUUUCACCUUCCUAUUGAUAUAAAAACAAAAUGGCUCCACCAUGCUUUGCAGAUAUGGGCAGUGAGGCCCGGGAUAUAUUCAGCAAGGGUUACAAUUUUAGUUUUGUAAAACUUGACUGCAAAACAAAAACUAGUGGUGGUAUGGAAUUUUCUGUUAGUGGCUCCUCAAAUACUGAAACUGGGAAAGUAACAUCAUCUCUUGAGUCUAAAUACAAGCUUCCAGAACAUGGUGUGAUUCUAAAGGAAAAAUGGACAACAGAUAAUGUUUUGACUUCCGAGUUAUCUAUUGAAGAUAAACUAAUAAAAGGAUCAAAAGUUUCUCUUAAUGGAACUUUUGUACCUGUAACUGGAAAGAAAACUGGUAUGCUAAAAAGUGCAUUCAAAGGAGAGAACUUUCACAUAAAUGCUGAUGUUGAUCUUGAUUUUAAAGGCCCUGUUCUUCAUGGUUCAACAGUUUUAGGUUUAAAGGGAUGGUUAUUUGGUGCUCAUGGAGUUCUUGAUUCUGCAAAGAGUAAAAUCACCAAGUGCAAUUUUGCGGUUGGUUAUUCAACUGAUGACUUUGUAUUGCACACAAAUGUAAAUGAUGGUCAAGAAUUUGGUGGUGCAAUUUAUCAAAAAGUCAAUCCAAAUUUGGAAACUGGCGUACAGUUGGCAUGGGCUGCAGGAAAUAAUGCUACUUCAUUUGGAUUAGGUUGUGUUUACAGUAUUGAUAAAGAUACAUCUUUAAGGGCAAAAAUCAAUAAUAACAGUCAGAUUGGAUUGGGAAUUACUCAUAAGCUAAGAGAUGGCAUCAAACUCACAUUAUCAGCUAUGAUAGAUGGCCGAAGCUUCAAUCAAGGUGGACACAAGCUGGGUCUUGGUGUAGAUCUUCAAGCUUAAAACAGUAUUAACCAAACAGUACAAGCCAAGAAUUUCAAAAAAAUACUUUUUAUUUAUUUUACAGUCUGUGUAGAUCUUCUGAAACAUUCUUUAUGCAUUUUAUGUGCGCACAGCAUAAACACCAGUGUGUAGAAACUAACUUUAUUUAUCAGUAUGAUUAACCAACAAUUAGCAAAAUCAAUCAUUAGGUAUAUUUAGGAAAUGUAAGUACUUAGAUAUUGUGUAAAAGAGCUUUCUGAAAAAUCAGCAGUAAUUCAUCCCUUUUUUAUGAAUUAUAAAUUUCCUAUUGGCUUUUUGAACAGUGUGAAGCUUGUUUACACUCAAUUAAGAAUCUCUAUAUUGGAGUUAAAGUAUAUUUUAUUUUAUUACAAAGGGCAACUAAUUGAUAUAUAUCUUCUCCAUAUAAAUAAAACAAUGGAACUAUAAAAUUAAAAGAAAUCUAUAUUCUUUGUGCAUUCAUUUUUUAGUUCUUUAAAAAGUCAUCUUUUUUUUUUCCCAUUUAAUUCUUUUUGCAAUAUUGCAUUUCUGUCUACUGACAAUUUUUAGUUUGCGUGUGAUUUAUUUAUUCUUUUCAGUUUAUAAAUUUAGGAUAGGAAUUUUCUUUGAAUUUGUGGUAGUUCCAAAUCAUUAGCUGUCAUUUUUCUUUAUUUUAAAAUUUUCUUAUUUAAUAAUUAAGUUAGUAGCAUUAAGAAAAAAUUCUGUUCAUCAGUGACUGCAUUCUUUUUAGUUUUAUUGCAAUUUUUAUUCAUACAGUGUAUGUUUAGUGUGCUGUCAAUCAAAAGCUGCAACUGUAAAACAGUCAAUAAAGUAUAUGAACAAUG